GGCAGCCAGUGUCGUGCCCGACGCGUACCUUACUCCUCGAUACCGGGCCCGGUACUCGGAAAUCACAUGGCCGAGGGACUGACUGCCGAUGUCACUCGCGCCGAGUGAUAGCAGGUGAACGGCGAGGUCGUCGGCGACCCGGGACUCGCGAUUUAAAGAUUUUUUAAAAACCCGCCGAGCAUUCGAAAGGAGGUGCGACGAAAAAGCUCGCGCGUUGCGUCGACCGUUCGCAGUCACGUUGCGCUCCGUGUGUGACGGUCGUGUUUCGGUAGUGCAGCCUCGAACUGGUCGGACCCCCGGACGCAGGCGAAAAAGCCCCGUCAAACGGGGGGAUGAAAUCUUUCGCGGAGACUAGUUCGUUAAAUUUUUUACGCUUCUCGUCUGAUUUUAGUCAUUGAGGAUAAAUCCGAAGUGGAGGACGUACGGAGUGACAGUUUUCAGCCGUACAGUGACGGAUUCAACCGUAUCGUGAUCCGAACUUUGUAUUCUCAAAGUUUCACAGCCACUGAACUACGGACCAAAGAACGACACGCCCAAAAAUAUUGUUAUCUAAAAUUUAGGGCUCGAUUAUUUUUAAUCAAAAAUCCGAGAAUCAAACUGCACGUUCAAUAAGCUAGCCAAGAGUUCUGCAACUGCUCGGAUAAGAUUACCUUGACUUUAAUUGAUCUCUGUAAUCAGUGGCUACAAGUUUAUGGAUUAUGCACAGCGUGGAAAGAGAUUGGUUAAAAUUUUCGAAGCAAUCGGAGCUGUGGCAAAUAUCCAAGGAUUGUGUUAAGGGUGCGGCGUAAAUAGACGGAUAAAAUUUGACACCCGAAGGAGAUAAAAAAAAAAAAGGUGAGAAAAGUUUGCAGAGCGAGAGACCGAGGAGAGGCGAUAAACCGAAAGAAGGUACAAUUCACCAGGCGAUUGGGCAGCUGGGUGACAGUUCGCUGGCGCGGAAGUGAAAACAAAUGAACAUCGCGUGUCUGCGUGGCUACCUUGUGUCUACCUUAUUGUUUGCAAACCUCUCUGGCAAAUCUAUCGGAGUCUAGGUAUUCUAGACUCGAGUAGCUAUCGGUCGAAUUUAUCGCAGUACUAUUAAGGUAACGAAUGGGUACUUCGAAGAAGAAUACCAUCAAGCCGCGUGCUUCGGGACUUUACGACAACUCCUCCAUACAGAUACACGUGUCCGUUUCGCGAAGGCAAUCAAGGUACCCGAACGCACUUGACAAAGCUGACACCUUGACUGUUUAAAGAAUAUUAACGAACCGAUCUGAUGUGCCACUUCGGUUAUCCCAAUUGCGACAGAGGUGAAGAAUCACAGCAAUUGAACAGUGAUCGUCGACGCUUCGACAAAGCUUAAGCUCGGUUUGUGGAUCAAAGACCGGCAGCUGCAAUCUCGUGAUUCGUUUCCCGGCUGCGAUCUCUCCCCAAGUUCAAACCAUGUCGAGAGGAUCGUUGGUGCCUUGAGGAGGAUCGACGGAGGUGUAACGUCGACGAAGAGAACAUGGCCACACCGCCAGACUCGCCUGGACCGGAAGAGGCGCUCUUCGAAUUCGAAAGCACGCGAGCCAGGCAGCCAACGACGAGGCCGGUCGCCCUGGAGGAGCUUCUUCGUCAGACGAAAUUCACCAGGCAGGAAAUACGCGUCAUGUAUCGCGGAUUCAAGCAGGAGUGUCCCGAAGGAGUGGUCCACGAGGACUCGUUCAAGGACAUAUACGCCAAGUUUUUCCCGCACGGCAACUCGAGCCUCUACGCCCACUACGUCUUCAAGGCCUUCGACGUGAAUUGCAACGGAGCCAUCAGCUUCAGGGACCUCUUGGUCACUCUGUCGACCCUCCUGAGGGGCAGCAUAUACGAGAAGCUGAGGUGGAGCUUCAAGCUGUACGACAUAAACGGCGACGGGUGCAUCACGAGGGGAGAACUUGGCGAGGUUGUAACGGCGGUUCACGAACUUAUGGGAAGACGGCAUCAAGUCGACGAGGAACGAGCUGCCCGCGAACAACUCGACAGAGUAUUUAGAAAGCUCGAUCUGAAUCAGGACGGCGUCAUCACGAUCGAGGAAUUCAUCGAGAGCUGCCUUAAAGACGAAGUGAUCACGCGAUCCUUGGCGAUGUUCGACUGCGAGCUUUGAUCUCCGGCUUCCCCCGUCGCCGCGACGCCCCCGACGCCCCCGACGCCCCCGACGCCCGUAACGCCGCCAUCGACGACGCCAUCCCAAUCGCCGGCACCAUCGCCGCCACGUUAUUCCCUUCUGCCCCCGAUCCCGCCGCUACCGCCGCCGCCGCCUCCGGGUUACACAGCCCAGGAUCACGAACUUUACCUGCUCCUUGCAGCUCACUGGUGGGACCAACAGGAUACGCCGUUAUUUUGUUAGGAGUUCGACCCGGAUCGCAACGUUCGUAGAUACACGUAUAACUCACCGUCUAGGUGAUAAGAAAUUUGCAAAUAAGUUGAAAAAAAAUAAAAAAAAAAUAACGUCAAAGGACACGCAGAACUGAAAACGAGGUGUGCGAAAUUGUGUGAAAAAACAGAAUAUAUAUUGGGAAAGAAUAUAUUGUGGAACGAUACGUUAUACGUGCGCGGUGAAAUUUUAUAAAGACAACUGUAAUUGCAGGUAAAACGGAGAUUUUUAAUUGACACGUGUACGAUAACGAUUCGCGAUUUAAGAUUGCACUGGUAUUAUCACACCAGUCACACCCGCUUAAUUUUCGCGCAUCGUCGUUUGAUACAAAAAUAAAAUAUGUAAUAAAUCGAUACGAUAUAAGAUCGAUACUGUACGAUACGUUAUACAGAUAUCGGUAAAUCAUGUUUACUACAAUGCCGUGAUACGGGGAAAAAAAACCUUGAUGUGCAAAAACGCAGAUAUUUUUGCGCGGUCGAUGAUUGUGUCAUGUACCUCGUUCGAUUAGUCAAGAUAAUAUUAUAUGCAUACGAUUGGCUGUAGACGUUAUGUUAUCUGGAUGAAUAGAUGAUGUGCAUUCGUAUAAUUACUAAGGAAUAACAAGACUAUGAAUAAAGAAAAUUACAUAUAAAUUCUAUCGACAUACAUACAUAUAUAUAUACAUAUGUAAUAUAUAUAUACAUGUAUGUAUAAAAUAUGUAAAUACGGUAAUUCCUGUCUUAGUGAGAAAUUGAGUGAAGAGUAUGAAGGGUCGUAACGUUACCAACACGACUCGUCGUACAUUAUUGAAAUUGUAAUUAGAAUCCUUUUCCAGUAUUCGAAAUAAAAAAAGAAAAAAAAAAUUAUAUAUUCACACCUAAUUUAAAAGAACAGUAAUCGUACGCUUGCGACCUGCACAUACGAUACAGGCAACAUACUUUUUGAAUCAUAGAAAUAACAUUUAAAUCAUUUGCGAUAUAUUGACAUAUUUAUCUGCUCCUUGGAAAUUGUCGCGACUCUAUGACGUGUAUAUAUAUAUAUAUAUAUAUAUCACUCCCUUCUGAACCUGAAUCUGAAAGGAGUGAUAAUUUAUCGGUAAAAAAUCAAUUACACUGCAGGCACGCGUAUAAAUUUAUCGCGCGUGCGAAUUAUUAAGAAGAAUUAUCUGUCGCGGUCCCGCGGCUGCAGCAACGGGUGUCAACGGGACAUUCUAUCGAUUCGUAUUUCCCCUCCGGCAUGUACAAGGCAUACGCGGUACGUACAUAGCUACAUCCAUCAUGCAUCGUUGCGCUCUACGGAGUGUCGUCGACGUAGACAUUACGCAUACCUUAAUACAGAAGUCACGUAAGAUCGACAAGGAAGUAUAACAAAGCUCCAUCGCAUAUGUACACACACGCCGUAUUCAAACAAGCAAGCAAUAUAUUUGUACGAUAUAUACCAUGUUGUAUAAAAAUGUAGAUUUUAUCAUAGCAAGUCGUUAUUAUUGGUAUUACUGUUAUUGUUAUUUUUAUUAUUAACCAGACACAGAAUACUGUCAUACCAAAAACCAAUAUUUAUGAUUUCGGAUUGUUGAAGACUUUCUACACGGUGUGCCUAACACCUCGUGUAUAAAGCUCCGAGCGAUGAUCUGGUGCAAGUUGCACAAUUUUUAAUUUCAAGCAAGCGCGAGACUGUUCAGAGUUUUUCUUUUUUGUUUUUUAAUUUUAAUUUUUUUUUUUUUUUUCCUCUUCUUUCUCAAUCAAUCGAUUUGAAUCGAGCAAUGUGAACGAAAUUUGGGCUGAUUUUUUGCGAUCCUGAUAUGUAUCAGACUUGUAAAAUAUAGUCGAAUAUUUUUUUUUUCUUACCAAUGCACGUUGUUAUGUUGUUUUUCGCGUCGAUCCUCAUUUUAAACUCGAAAUAUCGUGUACGUUAAUUCGUGAAGCAAGGAAAGCGAAUAUGAAGCUUGGAUUAACGACACAUUAUACAAUAUCUAUACAACGGUGAAUAAGAUCGGCAUAUAGGAAUAAAUCGAAGAAUAUGUGUAGGUGUAUAUACAGUAACAGUUAAUAUGUGUAUGUAAAUUUGCACUGCUUAGUAACGCCGACACGUGGAAAGAUAACGAGUUGUUCGACGUGAGUUCGGACAACGAAGAGAACCUGAAUCGAAUCUCGGGGAAAAAAUAUAAAAAUAUACGCAUACGCGACAUUGUAUAUGUAUAUUAUACGCGGCUGUGAAUUUAAGAUCGUCCACACUCGACAAGAGACGUUUCAACAUAAUGCAUGUACAGGAAACGAAUAAGUAUUUCAUCCAAGGUGUACGGACGGUACACGACAUACUGCAUUACGAUAUGGUAAGAAAUUACAUGAAUAAACGUGACAAAAAAAACACA